UCUCUCCUCUGGCUCUGGAUCUCAGCGGAUUCUAUACACGUCAAGCAAAAGCCUCACAAUGCCGUGCUGACUGAACCCGCGAGCUUAGGAAUUUGCCGUAAUGUGGUCGUUCCCGGACCCCCGCUCCGCCUCUCCGCGGUGGACCAACUGUCUGAGGUUCUGAUGGAUGCUCCCGGCAGGUGGACUGAGCCAGAGACUACACCUGUUUAGGAAAUCUGUGACAACGUAGGACACAAAAAAAAAAAAAAGAAGAAGAGAGAAGGGUCUUGGGGGAACUGAGAUUUUGCUCCGCUUUACCAGCCUCCCUCUCCUCCCUCUCCCCCCUUGCGCGCACACUCACACGCACUUGCCUCUCCCUUCUUGCUCCCACCCUGCUCAUCUCCUCUCCUGUCGGAUGCUGGCGUGGUGAACAGCAGGAUUCUCUUGGUUGAGACGUAUGGAGGCGCAGGGAGGGGCUCCCAGCCCAGAGCCCGGUAAAGACAUCCAGAAGCUGCUAAAGCCCUCCAGCUCAGGCAACCUCUCUCAGGAGCAGUUCCAGCAGCACGCUGCAGGCGAGGAAGAGGAGGAGGAGGAGGAGGAGGAAGAGGAGGAGGGCGGCGGCUGGACAGGACACACCGCCAGCCUGCUGCACAUCUCUGAGAAGAGACAACCGCUGAGCAGUGUGUCCUCUCUGGAAGUCCACUUUGACCUCCUGGAUCUGACCGAGCUGACUGACAUGUCAGACCAGGAGCUGGCUGAAGUCUUUGCCGACUCCGACGAGGAGAACCACAAUGAGUGUCCACCAGGUUCCCAGCAGGGAGUUCUGGGCAAAGGGGGCUACAUGCGCUCUCCCUCAUGGACGCGCUGCAGCAAGGUGGAACUCCCCCGAGAGAGGAAGCACCACAGCGACUCGGAUGCCACCACAGAGCCUUUAAUGAAACUGGAGAGGCCAAAGCAACCGUGACGCGCCCCGCCACGCCGGCCGGAAUGAAGCUCGGCGCCGACAGCCGCCACCGGAGCGCGCCAACGGGCCAGUCAUUCGUGUUGCUGACGAACAGACGAGUUCAUGCUGGACACUUUGCAGUGUUCGUAAGAUCUUCAGUAAACACACUCACACACACACUUCCAUCUCCUUAAUUGUUUUACUAUGAGGAUUUAAAGUUUUUGUUUUGGAGUGACAGGGUAGGGACGGAACCGACGUGAACCACGGAAGGACGAGCGUGUGGUGUGCUGUCAUGAGAAUAGCGUAAAUCGUAGUUUAUUAGUCUCUUACUUUGAUUUGAUUUCGUUUCAAUAAAUAGUUUUCCCUUUCUUCCAAAGUGAUAACUAUCUAAUUUACAUUGGUCGUCCAAAGUCAAGUCAAAAAUGACGGAGGAGCGACAAUCUUGUGCUUUUGUGAACUUGCAUGAAUGCCAAACACAAAAUCAAGUGCCAACCACUUGUGAAACGCGACAGCGAGCAGAAGCGACAGCCCGGUUACUCGACACAUUCUUGAUCAAUUUCGUUCGUCCAUACUUGGACUGAUGAUCAUCCUGAAUGAUGUGAUAUUGACUGUGGGAGGACAAAUUAAACAUCUUGGAAAACUGUG